AUGAAGCUCCUACCAGUGCGCUGGCUGCGGCGGGGGCGGAAGCCAACGCGGAAGACGCGCGAAUCCGGGCUGGGCUCGAGGCGGCGCUGCAGCACACAUGGUCGCGAAAGGUGAAGGCCAUAGUGCACGUGGAGAGGAGUGAGAGCAGGGAGCGGGGCCUGUGCAUGGCAGUGAGGCGAUUCCACGCCACCUGCCUCUUCAUAGGCCUGCGCAAGCGGCAACUCUGGGGGUCAAGCGAGGCGGCAGUGGUGUCACACUGUGCAUCGCACCUCCCCCCCGGGCUGCACAUCAUGGUGCUACAGCAGGGCAGCAGGAAGAUGAAGCACCUCGUCGCCUCCUCCCACCGCACACUCUCCCUCUCAGACCCCCGCUCUGUGCCCCUCUCCCCCCACAAGGCCGCCCUCGCAGCCGCAGCGUGCAGCGACGAAUUCCGCCUGCAGCCCUCUGCCUUGUCCCCCCCAGCCAGUCGUGCUGGUUUCUCUUCACCCAAGCCUCCUGGGUUGAUCCCACCCGAGCCUGCUGGCUUGGUUAGCGCGGACGGGGGGGAGGAAGAGGGUGGCGGGUGUGUGGAGGGAACGGGCCGUUUGAAGGUCAGGAGUUAUCCUGCUGGUGCGUCGGGCAUUUCUAAUGCUGCUGCAGUGGCUGCCGCUGGUGGUUGCAGCAGUGGUUUUGGAACCAGUGUUGCUGCUUCUUCAGCUGUUUCAAGUGUUUCAGGUGCUUCAACAAUCCCUGAGGAGGUGCACUCCCCAUCAGCAGCCGUGUCCGCAUCGGGCAAGCGUGCCUCACACUUCACAACAGCUAGAAUGGCUGGCCUGAUGUUCCCCCACCGGAAAGCGUCUUCUUCCUCUGUGCCUUCCGCUGCAGCAGCAGCAACUGCCUCUUCUACUUCAGCAGCUGCAGCAGGUGCAGAAUCAAGAGCAGCAGUGGAGUGUGGUGCUGGUUCGGGCACGACCAGGUCUGCACCAUCCAGUGGUGUGCUCUCCUCGGUUGACUUGUUUGACUCUGACACCGACCCCUCGGCUCGCCACAGCAGGCUUGGACCCGCAGUUGCUGCUUCUCUUGCUGCUGCUGCUGCUGCCAGUGCUGCUAUCCCUGGUAGCAGCUGUGACUAUGCCAUCACUGCACCUGUAGCGACCAACAGUUGCCCUCUCUCCUCCUCCUCCUCAUCCUCCUCCUCCGGCCUGCUACACACCGGCGCUUCUGCCGCCCCUCAUCCCAUGCGCUCCCGUCUGAACCUCACUCUCCCUUCGCCCACACCAAGCCAUGCCACCGCCCCCUCCUCACCUCCCUUCUCUCCUCCUGCAGGCACCACCCCCACAGGAGCCUCAGGACGAAAUACGAAUGCUUCUGCUGCUUUUGCUGCCACUGCCACCACUGGUCCCGCCGAUGCUGCCGACCCUUCUGCUGUCGGGCCUGCUACUCCAGGCAGCUCGAGCCUGCUGUCCUUUGCAGACCUCCCCGCAGCACGCUCCGCCUCUGGCUUCACCCGCUCCCAAAGCUCCACCAGCGCCACCAGCGCCACCAGCGGCAGCCAGCACCCGCCCUCCCGCCCUCCAACCGUCCCCACCUAUCCGCAUUUCUCUGUCUCCGUGCCCUCGGGUCCUCCACCCUCCCCACCUCCUCUUUCCGCCACCACCCCCACCUCGCCCUACGCCCUCUGGCCCUCUUCCCCCUGGAGCCCUUCAGUUCCGCCGUCGCCCUUCUCUUCCUCCUCGCCGCUCUCCACUCCCGGCCAUGCUCGCGAGUUCAGCCGCGGGGGCUCUUUUGGCGGCUCUAGCGCCUCCACAUCGCCUGGUGCUGCUGCUGCCUGUGGUGAUGAUGGUGCUGGUUCAGCAGCUGCAGCAGCAGCAGGCAUACCUGUGUCGCGCAUGCUUGUGAACUCCCGCACGUUGAGUCGAGGCAAGAGAGCCAUGCAGCUCGCUGCUGCCACUUCUGCACCCACCGCCGGCCCUGCUGCUGCUGCUGCUGCACCUAAUGCUACUGCUCUUCCUGGCGCUGCUGCUGCUGCUGCUGCUGCUGCGACAGGGCACAGGACAGAAAGAGGCGGCCAGAGACCCGGAGGAGGAGGAGGAGGGGGCGGAGGGAGGGAGGGCGACGGAAGGAGAGCGGAGGAGGGGGUGAGAAGUGCGGUGAGUGGUGAGUUAGGUCUGGAGGAGAUGGAGGUGGAGGGCGUGUGGGGUCCAAAAGAGCGUUUCCAAUCCCGCCGCCGCUUCCCCUCCCUGGGCUCCUUUGAUGCCGCCUCUCUUCUCUCUGCGGCUGCCACUGGCCCUGGCCCUGGCUCUGUCGGUCCCACUGCUGCUGCUUCUGUUGCUGCUGCUGCUUCAGGUGCUGCUGGCGGCAGUGGUGGCGGCAGCAGCCUGGGCAUCAGUGGUGAUCGUGGGGAGGAUGCUGCUGCUGCUGGGAUGAGCAACAGCAGAGGGCGAAGCCUGCGCAGCAGCAGUUUGAAAGCGAACGGCCCGGAAUAUGCGGGUGGCAGCGGCAGUCGGGAUGGCAGUGGGAACGGCCGCGGCAGUGGGAAUGGCCGUGGCAUUGGCAGUGUGAAUGGCAGUGGGAGUGGGAGUGGGAGUGACGGGUGGGAUCCGCUAGCAGAAGCUGCUGCUGCCAUCUCUGGUACUGCCCAUUACUUUGGAUCGCACACAAAGGGACAGAUGGAGAGCGCAAUGGGGGGACACGCGGAGAGAGGGCAGACACAAGACGUUGCUGCUGACUCUGAUGCAGCAGUAGGAGCAGGCGGAGCAGCAGGAGGAACAGCAGCGGCAGCAGCAGCAGCCGAGGCAGGCACAGGGGUAGAGGGGUCGCACAGGUGGGAGGAAGUUGGAGGCAGAGGGGGGAGGAGAGGGGAAGGGGGGAACGUGUGGGGAGAGCAAGAGGGUGAGGGAGAGGGAGAGGAGGCAACACAGAAGUUUCCGACUGAUAUGGUGGUCCAGAAGGCCAUGGCUGCUGCUGCUGCUUCUGGUGACCUGCGCGCCCGCAACCUGAGACGGGUGGUGUCCGUUACAGAGCAACAGCAGGGGCAGGCAGGUGGACGGGGAGAGUACUCGAGGGAAGCACAAAAGGGAUGGGAGGGAGGAGAGGGUAAAGGGGAGAGAGGAGGGGAGGAAGGAGAGGAGGGAGCUGGGGAGAGGGAGUCGCAGGGCCGAGGUGAAGCGGGUGUGCUGAGUGUGUUGGCUGGUGUAGUGCUGAAGCCGAGGGGGCACAAGGAGCAGCAAGAGCAGCAGAAGCUGCAGGUUGUGCAUCAAGGUAUUAAUUCUGGUGGCAGUGACGGUGGAGGGGAGGAGACAGCAGGUGGAGGGGGAGAAAAAGGGGCAGGGGGAGGAGGAGGGACAGGGGCAGCAGCAGCAGCAGCGGGCAAGCAGAAGUGGAACGUUGUGGGGAAAGGCGGGCUGUCCAGGCCCCGGUCCCCCUUGGAUCGCCGCGCAGCCUCUUUCAGAGAGAAAGGCGCCUUGGCUUCUCUUGCGCCAAUCCUUGGCCUGGUGCACAAGGGCGCAGGCGGAGGAGGAGGAGGUGGUGGUGGAGGAGGAGGAGGAGGAGGAACAGGUGGGGUUGAUCUUGUGGGAAGAGGUGGGAGCAGGCAGGGAGGGAGGGAAGGAGGGAAUGAGGUACGGUUGGGUGAGUUGCAGAGGAUGCUGGAGGAGCGACGGGCGGAGGCUGCACGAGCAGAGGAGGCAGCGAGGGAGGCGAGAGAGAGGGUGCGGGAGAUGGUGGAGGAGAUAGAGCUGGAAAAGGCACGGAUAGAAGCUGACAGGGACAGGCAGCAGCAGCAGCAGCAGCAGCAGCAGCAGCAGCAACAGCGGCACAAGUCAUUUGGGUCUGGGCCGCUCAAACCCGUCACGACCAACGCAUUUGACCGAUCACCUUCAGAGUCAUGCCCCCCUGCCUCAUCUCCAUCACCCCUCGCCCGUCGCCCCUUCUCCCCUUCACCUUCUACCACUGUUGCUGCUCCUGCUGCUCCUGCUGCUCCUGCUGCUGCUAUGGCGGCCCCAGGGGGCGACGUGGGGGGGCGGUGGUUGCGGUCGGAGCUGCUACUGGGCUCGGAUGAUGGCGAUGGGAAUGACUUCAGCUUUGGCAGGGUCGUCAGGCCCACUGCUGCUGUUGCUACAGGUGGAGAGGACGACUACUGCGAUGAUCCCGACCAGGAGCACCACAGCAUGGCGAGUGAGAGCAGCACAUGCUCCUCCUUCAACUCUGCUGAGUUUCUCCGCAAGGUGGCCGACAGGGCAGCAGCAGCAACAGCAGCAGCAGGCAAGGUCCCCAGCCGUCUCAACCCUGCAGCUGCUGCUACUGCUGCUGCGCCUGGGACAACAAAUCCUCCUGACACCACAGCCAGCUCCCCUCGCAGCAACCCCUCCAGCUCUGCUGCCACCACGACAGCGGGCGACGGGGGCGGAGGAGGAGGAGGGUCAGCAGCACCUGACGAGUCCUCUGACUGCCGCCGCUUCACCCUCGACCAGCUUCGGGAGGCCACCAACGGCUUUUCCGAAGCAAACAUGCUGGGUCGGGGGGCGUUUGGUCCGGUGUUCAGAGGUCAGCUGUAUGGAUGCGAGGUGGCAAUCAAGAAACUAGAGGCAGGGAGCGAGCAGGGGCCGGCUGAAUUCCGCACAGAGGUGGAGGUGCUGAGUCGCGUGCGGCACCCCAAUAUAGUGCUGCUCAUGGGGCAGUGUCCUGAGGAGGCUUGUAUCGUGUAUGAGUUCAUGUCUGGGGGAGAUCUGCAGCACAGGAUCGUGGCCGGCUCGUCACCUGCUAAAAUUGCUGGAGCAGCAGCAGGAGCAGGAGCAGGAUCCGGUGGUGGUGGUGCUGCUGCUGGAGGAGGGGCACCGGUGGUGGCUCUGGACAAGCCGCGAGUCAUCCCACUCUCAUGGUCCGACCGCCUGCGCAUCGCGGCUGAAAUCUCCGGAGCUCUACUCUUCCUGCAUCGGCACGACCCGCCCAUCCUGCACCGCGACUUAAAGCCUGACAACAUUCUCCUCGAUGCCAACGGCACCAGCAAGAUCGCAGACGUGGGGCUUGCAAGGCUCAUCCCCGGGGACGAUGGGCUGGGGCAUGUGACGUGGAAGGUGCGGGGAACCGCAGGGUACAUUGACCCUGAGGAGCUGAGCACGGGACAGCUGUCGGUGAAAUCGGAUAUUUACGCGUUUGGGCUGAUUGUGCUGCAGCUGCUGACGGGGAAACGGAACGUGAAGCACCUGCAUCGCAUGCUGGAGGAGUGUGCGGUUGUUGGUAGCAGCACCACCCUUGGAGCUCCUGCCUCCUCCCCGCUCUCCCCUCUCUCCGGGCUUUCCCACAACUCCUCCAGCAGCAGCAGCAGCGGCGGUGGCGGCCCCGGGGAAGCCCGGGACAUGAACCGAGUCCUGGCUGUGGUAACCAGCAACCUGGACCCCAACGCAGGGCACUGGCCGCUGGGGCUGGUGGAGCGGGUGGUGAGGGUGGCAGCGCGGUGUGUGGAGCGCAAGAGAGUGCACCGGCCGGACCUGCGCACGGUGGUGCACCCCGUCCUGGCGGAUGUGGCUCGGCUGGCGGCGGAGGAGAAGGCGAGGAGGGCUGCGGAGGUGGAGGGCCAGCUGCUGUGCCCGCUGUCACAGGAGCGCAUGACAGAUCCCGUGGUGGCAGCAGAUGGAUUCACCUAUGAGCGCCGCAGCAUUGCUGAUUGGCUGUCAUCGCAUAGUACCUCUCCGCUCACAGGAGAGCACAUGCCGCACUCUCUUCUCACUCCCAAUUACCUUCUUGCUCGCAUGCUCAACAAUUUUUAG